UCAGGCCCAGAGUAACAUGCCCACCAAAGAUUUAGAUGAUUUUACGGUGAGUAAACCAUUCGUUGACCCAAUCCAUGCGUUAUUGGUGUAGGUAUUAAUGUCGUUGACGAGACUUUUUGUAACCCCUUCAUCUUUCCUUGUUGGGGUCGAUUCACUACUCUUUAUAUUUGUCGAUUCCUUCUCAAGCUACCCGUCUCUUCAGUACUGACAGAUGGUUUCGCAGUCUUGUGGUCACUUCUAGGUUUAUCUUCUGACUCUGUUUUCUUCGGAAACACUCAUCAUCUAACCAUCCGGAUUCUCUAAGAUCCUAUCGACAGUUAACAACUUUAGAUUGUUUUUCUUUUUUUAAAGAUAUGGACAGAAUCAGUGAGUUGCCUGAUGAACUGCUUGUUAAGAUAUUAAUGUCGGUUCCGACAAAAGUUGCUUUAUCCACAAGCAUCUUGUCGAAACGGUGGGAGUAUCUUUGGAUGUGGUUGCCUAAACUCGAGUACCUUCAUAGAGAUCAUUGUUCAGAGCCUGGAUGCAAGAGGCUACAAAGUUUUCUCGACAGAAACCUGCCAUUACAUAGAGCUCCGGUUAUAGAAACCUUCCGUCUCGAAUCAUGUAGUUCGCAUUUUAAACCUGAGAACAUCAGUAUGUGGGUUUCAACAGCAGUUUCUCACUGCCUACGUGAGCUGGAUAUCUUACAUGACGACACCGAACCGGCAAAGUCAAACAUACUGCCGAGUAACUUGUUUACUUGCGAAUCUCUCGUGAUCUUGAAACUGGUUGGUGAGAUCCUCUUGGAUGUUCCUCGAGUGGUCUCUCUUCCCUCUCUCAAAACUCUGAAACUUCAGAGUGUGAGAUACUUCGAUGAAGAAACUCUUCAAUGGCUUCUUUCAAAUUGCCCGAUUCUUGAAGAUCUAGAGGUGGAUUUACGUGAUUAUGAUGAUGAAUCUGCGGGAAAGUUGACUGUUGUUGUUCCAUCUUUGCAGAGUUUGUCACUUUACAUACCCUAUUGUCAGGAUAUAGAUGGGUUUGUGAUAGAAACUCCUAAUUUAAAGUAUUUCAAACUUAUGGAUCAUAGUAUUAGUGAUCACUACUGUCUGAUUGAGAAGAUGCCUUGUCUGAUCGAGGCAUAUCUAGAGGUUAAACUUCCUGAUAUGAAGAGUAUUAUUGGAUCAAUCACAUCUGUCAAGCGUCUUGCUAUAUGUUCAGAGGCUAUUAUGAUGCUUGGUGAAGGUUUUGUGUUCAACCAACUUGAACAUCUGGAGGUAUGUUUUUGCACACUGUUUUCCUCGGAUCGAGUUAUCGAGCUACUGCUCAAAGCUUCUUCUAACUUGAAGAGACUAGACUUUUCCUUCAUGGAUCAUCAUGUUCCUCAAGGUAUGGUUUACUGGAAUCAACCAACCACUGUUCCUGAAUGUAUAUUGUCGAGUCUACAAAGUUUCAGCUGGUCGAAAUAUACAGGAGAACCAGAAGAGAGGGAUAUUGUGGUUUACAUUCUGAAACAUGCUCUUCACUUAAAGACUGCAACAAUCAAGUCAUCCGAAUCGUCGGCUGUUCCAAAAUUUGAGAUGUUAGAGGAGUUGGCACUUUCUCCUAGAGCUUCAGCUACAUGCCAACUCAUGUUUGAUUGAGUGUUUUGAUCUUUAAACUUAGUCUUGUUAUUCAAUUUCUUGUAUUUGCUCGGACUCAUUUCGUUUGUCUUCAACUCUGAAAACUUGUUAUUCGACAUAAAUUUUCUUUCUAUAUGUUAUGAGUUAAGUUAUAUGAUACAUUUAAAUUUUUAACGGG